AUGCGGCGACGACCCUCGCCAAACCGCAUCACCCGCUUUAAUGUCGCCGCUUUCGCCUUUCUCCUGGGUAUCUUCUGGCUUGCACAGUCAUGGACAUGCGCGGAUCCCACUCAUAAUCACGGCAAGGAUGAGGAGACGUCAAAGGUACCUCUCGAGGUGCACAUAAUGAGCAAAUGCCCCGACGCGAGAGAUUGCCUCGAACAGCUUGUCGUGCCUACAAUGGCAAAUGUCUCCGACAAGGUAGACUUUAAAUUGUCGUUUAUCGGAACAACCACCGACGACGACGAUGGCGUCAAGUGCAUGCACGGCCAGACCGAGUGUCUCGGUAACAUCCUAGAGCUCUGCGCCGCUUCCGAGUACCCGGAUCCCAAGAUCUACCUUGGAUUCACAAUGUGCCUGUCUCGCCAGUAUGAACGGAUACCGAAGAAGGAUCUGAUCGAGGAUUGCGCAUUAGAGCAUGGCAUCGACUUCGACACAUUAAACCAUUGUAUGAGCAGGGACGAUGGUGCAUAUGGAAUGGAUAUGCUCAGGAAAAGCGUGCAGCGAAGUGCCAAGUUGGGCGUAUCAACCAGCUGUACAAUUCGUCUGAAUGGGAAAACGAGAUGCGUAGUCGACGGUGGAGAAUUCAGGGACUGUGACGACGGUUCAGAACCCAAGGACCUCAUUCGAGAUAUCAAGGACCUGUACGACGAAGCUCGGGGCUGGUCUGAUUGA